CGUUUCAUGUAAUGUUAUAAAAUGAAACUAUUGUAAAAUUUCAGCCAUUCGGCCUUCAAAUUUCGACACGUCGAGCAACCCAUAUCACAGAGGAUGUAUACUUUUUCCAAAACUUUGCUAUAUACCAUUUUCGUAGCAUUUUUCGCCAUUUUAACAGUUGCGGUCAACGUUCAAUUUGUUCGCUAUCAGACAGGAUUCAAUCCGAUUUUGAAUAAUUUUGAAAUGCAGUCAACCGUCACUUGCAGCAGGACCGAAUGCGGAUCUCUUUGUGAAGUUAUGGGCUGCACGUCAUUUAUAUUUCAAGAAACACAAAAACUGUGCACUCUGUACAGUGUUUACAUGACCUACGACGAUGGCGAUGUACUUGACAAAUAUUAUGUUCGAUCAGAUGCUGAGGAACAUGUUACAGAAGCAGCUGAACGUUGCAGCGGUGUAAACAUACCAAGUACAAGUACCAAUGUUGCUCUAAACAAAGACGUCACAAUUAGCUCGCAGCAUAACUCACUUUCUCCUCCAAGAUUAAUGGUCGAUGGUAGUCGCAGUGGAUCUUGGCCCUGUGCAAGCACUGGUUUAGUCACCAAUCCACACACCACUGUUGACCUGUGGCAGAGUUUUGAGAUAAACGCCCUAUAUAUAGUGAAUCGAGUUGAUUGUUGUUCUGAACGGCUACAUCACCUAGUUGUGAAAAUAGGCAACGAUAUGUCAAAUCUUCAAACUGCUUUCAAUCACACUAAUGCUGUUGGUGCGGACUGCACAGUCAUAUUCGAUACACCACGUCGAGGACGUUACGUUAGGUUGCAAAUUGAAGCAACAGAGUAUCUGACUGUAUGCGAACUUGAAGUCUACAGUUUAGUGUAGUCCUUCCGGGUACAUUCGUAAACACUCCUUGUAAACAAAGACCUUCCUAAAAGGGUUAUAUACUAAAAAGGAGUAAUGCAUGCCUGCACGAAAACGCUAUCGAAAUGUGAAAUUUCUAGUAUCUUAUCUAUAGGUAUAUACUCUUGAAGCAUAAAAGUCAACCAAGCAAAAUUAUAACUAGAUUGUUGUAUGAUUCAGGUCUGUUUCAUGUUUGUAUCAUAUCUCGGUGUUUUUUCUUAACAAAUUUGGUGCAGGUAAAUCGUAUACACUGAGUACAGGGUGCGGUAACUAAAAGUGUGCAGGUAUUUAAUACCCACACGCUAGUUACCGCACUGUUGGAUAGGAAAGUAAGCCAGCAUGUCUGGAACAGUAGACAGCGAAGUGUAUCUUAUUGAUUUUCUGCUCUCGCAUUGGUUUAUUUUACCUGGGCUUUACACAUUUGUAAAACAAGGAUUUUAAGUACUCACUGAACUGCUAUAUAUGGCAAUGUGGGACGCCUACAACUACCAUGGAUGGCUAUGAUACAAAACAGAAAGAACAUUAAAACUCUCGGGUAAACAAUUUAUACUCGGGGGCUACGCCCCUCGUACAAAUCGUUUACCCUCGAGUUUCAAUGCUCUUUCUAUUACUUAUUCUUCUCUUUAGAUAAAUUGUUUGUUGGUUGUUUUGGGUUUAACACCGUUAUUCAACAAUAUUUCAGUGAUGGAUCGGCGGGCAGUUAACCUAACCAGUGUUCAUGGAUUCUGUACCAGUACAAACCUGUUAUUCGCAAGUAACUGCCAACUUCCCCACAUGAAUCAGAGGUGGAGGACGAAUGAUUGCACACACAAUGUCUUUUGUCAAAUCAUCACGGAGAACAUACGCCUCGCCCAGGGCUCGAACUCGCUACCCCGCGAUCCGUAGAUCUGUGCUUUCUACAUUGAACUAAGCGAGCGGGCUUGGCUUCCUUUAUAAUAAUAUAAAUUGGGUAUAAUAAUAAUAAUAAUAAUUCCUUUUAUCACGACAAAUCUGACAACAUAGACGUUCGUGUAUUUCGAUGAUUUUGAAACAUUCUCUGUAUAAAAUCAAUCAAACUUGCAUCCACUCAGACUGAGUAUUUAAAACAUAGGUCAUGAGUUCCAUCCUCGACUAUUUUAACUAAUAUUACACAUUGUGUUUUCAAACUUAACUAACGAAUGACCUGCGGUGUUAAGACGGCAACCUGAACUUUUGGUAUCGACAGAAACUGUAUAUUGAUUACUUACUUUGAAUGAUAAAAUUGCCAAGAAAGAAAGCAAUCCAGCUAGUCAACGGAAGAUCAGUGGUUAAACAUAGGUACCCGUCCAUAUUGAGAUCAUAAACAGAGUGGCACCUGCGGCCUUUCUGCCAAAAGCUGGAAAGCCGCCAUAUGACCUUUUUUGUCUUUGCAACUUUAAAAAAGUUUAAACCAAAGAUUAUAUAGUUUUGUUUCAGUUAUAUCAACCCCUCACUUGAUUCAAUCUUGACAUAAACUAUAUGCACUUCAAAGUCAUGUAUAAAUGCAGACAGCGAUACAAAGGUCCACAUUAUCGGUAUUUCAAAUUGAAAGUAGCACAUUUCAUUCGUUUAUUUUCAAAUAAAAGAUAGCCCAUUUCAAUUGCUUACGCAUAUCAAAUACCUUUAGCAUGUGGAAAAUAUAAAUCUUAUUUUUUUACAGUUAAGUAGCCUCAGUCAUGUUCGAUUCUGUAUCCUAAUAGUAAACGGAACAAAGUAAACAGAUAAUUAGGACAAGAUAACCUUGCACCCUUCAUUACACGUACUUAAAAUCCCUUUAACUUAGUGUCUUUCCGGUGUGCUUUAGUGAAAUACAGUAACAGAUAACUAGGUUAUUUUUAUUGUACAAAAGGUAAGUUUGAUGUAGUACUUAACGUUAUUACUUUGGUCUCAAAAAGUAUAAAAGCUACCAAUCAGUAAUACAGUGAUAUUCUCGUACAAAUAAUGAAUUUUACCUCUAGAUGUGAAGAAAGGAUGUAUGAUUAUUAUAGUUGGCUUUCUAAAGAUGGUACUUAUAAACUUAUAAAAUGAAAGACGCACUACACAGAAAGACUGUAUUCGAUUGUUUUUCCAUCAUGAUAGUAAUCAUAUAACUGGUAUCAACAGCCUGAAAAAUCACAGUAUGUACAUUUUUAUCAAUUUCAUGUUUACGUUGUCUUAAAAUGUGUAUUACUGACUUUUUAAUGAAUGAGUGUACUCUUUUGCACUGGUUGCGUUUAGACCAUGAAUUUUUUAGAUAUGUGCUUCUGACUAAAGAUAUACGAGCCUCUUGAAAUUUUAGCGUAUAAGAUUUCAGAGUCCAAGUACUGGUACACAUUUCAGGUCGGACUCAGUCGUACUGGAUUGUAUGUGUGCAUAAGAAGUAGUGUUACAUCCCAUACUCUGUCGCACCGGUUAUAGCUGAUUUUUCAUCAAUUUCAUUAAAUCUAUUACAUGAUCUCAAAGCUUGAUAUCGCUUAACUCAAUAGGGAGAGCGCAGAUCAACGGAUCUCGGGUUCAUGAGUUCGAGCCCUGGGCGAGGCGUAUGUUCUCUGUGACGAUUUGAUAAAAGGUAAUGUGUCUGAAAUCAUUCUUCCUUCACCUCUGAUUCAUGUGGGGAAGUUGGCAGUUAUUAACUGAGAACAGGUUUGUACUGGUUAAAAUCCAGGAACACCGGUUAGGUUAACUGCCCGCCGUUACAUAACUGAAAUAGUGUUGAAAAACGGCGUUAAACCCAAAACAAACACCGCUUGAUACCAGUAAGAAAACUAACUAUAGAUCAAUCAAUGACACAAAUAAUAUUCCAGUCCGAUAUUUGUCUAUGUACAUGUAUGACACUAGAUAGAAAUGACAAUGGACUUAUUUUAUGUUAUAUUAUUUGGCGACAAAUUAUUUCAUUUAAAUGAAAUUUCACACAUAGUAUUAUAAGUAAAUUGAAACUAAAACAGAAGAUCUGAAAUUAUAUAUUAGGUUUAAAACUUUUUUUCUGAUAUCGCACGAUAUGCAUGUACUUGGCAACUGUUUCAUUAUCAUGUAAGUUCUUUCUGCAAUAAAUCAGUUUUAACUGGGGAUUACAUAUUUAUCAUAGAAUUGGAAGGUUGGGCUAUGAGCAACAGAAACUACAUGAAAAUUACGUAAGAAAUU